GGUGCCCAGUGUACUGUGCACAUUGUAAACAAUGUAAACUCUUGGUUUAUUAUUAUUUUUUAUAGUGGAAUAAGGCAAGUUCAUUACUUUUUGAUUAAUUUCGUCACGCGGAAAGGAUUCCUAAAUUAUGAAUGAUUGCUCUCAUAAUUAUUAAGUAUCAAAAACCGAAAGUGCUCAUAUAGUAUUAGCCGGGAUAAUGGCGAAAAUAUGUCGUGUUUGCCUGGAUAGUUCCAGUAAAUUUACCAAUAUAUUUGACGCCAGACGAAAGACCACAGUUUCCAUUGCCGAGAUGAUCGCGCAAUGCACUGGGUUUGAGGUCAAACGCGGCGAUUUGUUUUCGGAAAUGAUAUGUCCACCGUGUUUGGAGGAUGCAAAAAACGCGUAUGGGAUAAUGCAAAGCUGUGAAAAAAGCCACCAGUUCUACUGCCGAGUUCGGGAUGAAGGUAUCGAGGAGGCCCUAUGCGCCUUGAUCGAAGAAGAGGACUGGGAGAUUUCGGAAGACGAAAGUGCGUGGUCUGGAUCUGCAUCUGAUGAUGAUGACGAUGAGAAAAUCGACAGCAAGGAGGUAGCAUUCGAAUGCCGUGAAUGCUCCAAGCGAUACCAGCGAAGGGGAUCGUGGAUGAGACACAUGAGAACUCACAUGGACGGACAAUCCUUUCCCUGUCCCUACUGCACGCAGAACUUUCGAUUUAGGAUCACUCUCAAGGCGCAUAUGAAAACCCACAAUUCAGCCAAACCCUACGAGUGCUCUCACUGCUCAAAGUCCUUUGCGCAGCAGUCCACCUUGCAGUCGCAUGAACGAACACACACUGGCGAGCGGCCCUAUAAGUGUUCACAGUGCUCCAAAACCUUCAUUAAAUCCUCAGAUCUCCAGCGUCACAUCCGCACACAUGGCGGUGAAAGGCCGUUCAAGUGUUCCAAGUGCACGAAAACAUUUACGAGAAAAUUUCACCUUCAAAACCAUAUUCGUUCUCACACGGGCGAACGUCCAUUCCAGUGUCCCCACUGCCCCAAGGCCUUUGCCCUGAAGCAGCACCUCAAGGAACACAGUCGUCUUCACACACAAGAUCGUCCAUUUCGCUGCUCCCACUGUACCAGUACUUUCCGGCUGAGCAGCACCCUUAAGGAGCACAAGCUCGUACACAGUGAUGAAAGGAAUUUUAAGUGUCCUCACUGUACCAGUACUUUUAAGCAGAGAAAAACACUUGGAAGACAUAUUCUCGAGGUACACGAAUGACCACUACUUUGAAAAGGACCAAAGGGAUUUUCUGAAAUGAUACAAUACAAUUACGCAUUCAUUGGUAUUGUAAUAACAGGGUAUUCAAUUAAGUUUGUACUGAAUAUACAUGUUUUGAUAUUCUCUAUAAUGGAAUAAAAUGUUUUUAAUAAAA